CGGGUUCCUGAGGGGUACGGUGUCUGGGACCUUGGAUGGUGUGGGUCCUGGGGUCAGAUGUACAGGUCCCUGAGUGGGGCAGAAUCCAUGGCUCAUGAGGGGUCAGGGUUGUAUCGGGAAACCCCUUAGGUGGGAUGAGUGGGGUGAACCUGGGAGGUUCCGCUAACUGGCAGGCUAGGGAAGAAGGAGUUAAGUGGUGCUGCAGCCACCUGAGCCGGGCAUCAAAUGACCUGAGUCCAGUUCUGCUAGUGAGGAGGUGGAGCUGAGCCUGCCCCCAGGCCUCUGGCUGCCUCAGGCCUGUGCUCCCAGCUAUGGCCCUCCCCCCACCUCUGGGCCCUAGAUUCCCCUCAGAGCCCCUCAACUACCCCGCUGGAGCCCCUAGGGAACUGGACAUUGCUAGAUGCACCAUCUGCCCUGCAUCUGGAGAGAAGAGAAUCAGACCAGAACAGGCCCAGAAACUGGGGCAAGACUCCUUGGACCCUCCCGAACACUUCCAGGGUGGGCUGAGGGGCACUGAGCCUGCUGCUGGUCCCCUGAGAUUGCCAGCACCCUCUUCCAGUGAGGACCCAGCUGGGGGCAGACACCGUGAGCACCUCAUCUCUGGCCAGGAAGUAUUGGAGGCUGAGCAGGACAGCCUAUCCCUUUGCCUGUUGGGGCUGGGCCUCCGGCUGCAGGACCUAGAGCAAGGCUUGGGGCCCUGGGCAUCAGCCCAGAGCGGGAUGGUCCAGCUGCAGGCCCUACAGGCAGACCUAUGUGGAGCAGCUGAGCGUGUAGAUGCACUGCUGGCAUUCGGUGAGGGGCUGGCACAGCGGAGUGAGCCUCAGGCCCGGGCAUCCCUGGAGCAGGUCCUGAGGGCCCUCAGAGCCCACCGAGACGGCAUCUUUCGGCGGCUGUGGUGGCUGCAGGCCCAGCUGGUCAGCUACAGCCUGGUGUUCGAGGAGGCCAGUACACUGGACCAGGACUUGGAAGUUGAGGGGGACUUGGACGGGCCAGGACCUGGUGGGGCCUGGGGGCCCUGGGCACCCAGUGGCCUCCCUACUCCUGCAGAGUUGGAGUGGGACCCGGCAGGGGAUGUUGGAGGCCUCAGGCCCUUGGGGCGAAAGACAGCCUGGACACCAGGAGCUCCCUGUGAGCUAUGUGGCCACAGGGUCCCCGAGGGCAGGGGACAAGGCCUUGAGGUGAGAGCAGGACAUGCUCAUGUCGGGCUUCAGCCACCGGAAACACUUAGCAGGUCAGAGAAGACGCUCCCUGCUCCGGAAGCCUCAGGACAAGAAGCAGGCAUCUCCCAACCUGCAGGAUGUGAUGUUGGAGGUAGACCCUGGAGCCCCUCCUCCUGCAUCCAGGUGGUCCCUGACCUUCCUCAUUCUCCUCUUCCUUCUCCUCGUGGGUGCCACAUUGCUCCUGCCACCAUCAGGGGGGUCCUGCUGCUUUCCUGCCCGACUGGCCAGGACACCUCAUCUGGUGCUCAGCUAUGUCAAUGGUCCCCCCCCAAUCUGAGAACAUGGCCCAGACAUAUGUAAUAAAUGGUCAAUGUCCAA